AUGAACGAGGUAUUUGAUGCCGAGACAGGUGAGAAGCUCGAGCUGUUUGUGCCAACCAAAGCCGAAUCGAGAUCCACUACACCCGAUAAACCCAUAUCGCCACAACCACCUUCUAAAGUGCAGCAAAACUCAAAGCAAUCGCGGUCACCUACGCAAGCAGUGCAUCGUGAGACGCAGUCAUUACGAGAGCUUGGCGACGAUGUUGACUGGGAGCGCCAGCAGAUCGCCAAUGUCACGAAAGCAGAGACGUGCUUUCGCGAGUCGCUCGCUGGUGUUCGGUACGAGUUGCAGCGUCGUGGGCUCUCAGAAGGUGAGCGUCUCAGUUUGACUACGGAGCUGCUGGAAAAGACCAAACACGGCUACGCGCGACACAUUCAGGCACUGGUGGUGGAGGAGUUGGCGCGCGAGAUGGACCGAGAGGUGGCUAUGCGACUGGAGCUCGCCCGACUUGGCCGCGAGCGAAUGCAGCGCCAACACGACAAGGAGCGCGAGUUUUAUCGAGCCCAGAUCGCCCGCAUCCGCGAGGAAUGUGAGAUGGCGCUGACUGCAGCGGCAGCCAAGAACAACUUGCUGCGAUGA